AUGAUAGCAACAAAGGAGGCUGGAAGAUUCCUUUUAGGUAAUUGUAGAGUUUGGCAGAAGUCUGUGUUAAACAAACCAACACAAUUUAUAAAAAAAUAUAAUGUUUUAGCCAUUGAAACUUCCUGUGACGAUACGUGCGUUUCCAUACUGGAAAGGUUCUCAGCGAAUGUAGCGCCAAAUGUGUUAAUCAAUUUGAAAGAUACUCUGGAUAGUGUUGAUGAAGGAGGUAUUAUUCCUACAAAGGCUCAUGUCCAUCACCAAGCUCGGAUAGGACCUUUAACAUUAAGGGCUUUGGCAGAAAGUGGUAUGAGAGAGGGAAUCGAUCUCAUAUGUGUUACAAGAGGUCCUGGUAUGCCUGGCUCGCUAUCAGGUGGACUAGAUUUUGCGAAGGGUUUGGCAGUCGCCUGGGGCAAACCACUUAUUGGUGUACAUCAUAUGUUGGGUCAUCUAUUGAUACCAAGAAUGGCGACGAAUGGAAAAGUACCACAAUACCCCUUUGUUAGCCUGCUGGUAAGUGGAGGUCACACUACAUUUGUUUUGUCACGAGCGAUUGACGACCAUGAAAUUUUAUGUGACACUAUGGAUAUCGCUGUGGGAGACUCAUUAGAUAAAUGUGGUAGAGAGCUGGGAUUUAAAGGAACGAUGAUUGCUAGAGAGAUGGAAAGGUUUAUAAAUCAAGACCCCGAGGACAAAGAUUCAACAUUAAAGCUAAAAAUGCCCAGUCCAUUGAAAAAUAAAGUAGGCAGGAAAAACUUGCUAUCAUUUUCAUUUUCAUCAUUCAUUACAGCAUUAAGAAUCAGUCUAAGUAAACUGGGUAAAAGUCACAUCAGCGACCUGCCUGAAUGUGAAAUACGAUCAAUUGCAUAUCAAGUACAGGAGUCAAUAUUCGACCAUGUCAUUGACAAAUUAAAGCAAGUUGUUAAGUUGCAACCGGAAAAAUUCCGAAACGUCAAUGAAUUUGUAUGCUCUGGUGGAGUGAGUAAUAACCAAAGACUGAGAACAAAAUUGGAAAAAGAACUGGGUAAAACGAACCCAACUGGUUUUACCAAUUUUUACUAUCCUCCAAUGGACCUUUGUAGCGAUAAUUCCAUUAUGAUUGGCUGGGCGGGUAUUGAGAUUUGGGAAACGCUAGGCUUGGCUAGUGAUUUAGAUAUAUGUCCUAUUAGACAAUGGCCGUUGAAUGAUCUAUUAAACGUUGAUGGUUGGCGAAAACACCUGCUGUAA